ACUCUCCCUCUUUUUUCUCUUUUGUCAGUUUCCUUCAGCUCCGUUCUCUCUCUCCCUCCCUCUAUCUCUCUUUCCCUCCCUCUCUCUAUAUAUCGCCGGAAUCCGGCGACAUGGUCGACGGCGAAAGAUUCCCCGGCAGUUCUCUCCUAAUUCUUUGCUCGAGAUCUGGUGAUAGUUCCGUCGGAAUCAGAAAUUUUCUCGGGGAAUCUCGAUCAGACCAUUCCUCUUUGUCAUGCAUAAACAAGAGGUUUCAUAAGUUGAUCAAGACGGGGUAUCUAUACGGGCUGAGGAAACACUUGGGGAUCACUGAGCACUGGGUAUACUUGGUUUGUGAUCCAAGGGGAUGGGAGGCAUUCGACCCCACGAGGCAAAAAUGGAUGGCACUUCCAAAGAUACCUUGCGACGAGUGUUUCAACCAUGCUGACAAAGAAUCAUUGGCAGUAGGCAAUGAGCUGCUGGUUUUCGGUCGUGAGUUGUUCGACUUUGCCAUUUGGAAGUACAGCUCGGUCAGCCGCGUCUGGUCCAAGUGCGAUGGAAUGAACCGACCUCGUUGUCUGUUCGGAUCGGGCAGCUUCGGCUCGCUCGCUGUUGUUGCAGGUGGCAGCGACAAGAACGGCAAGAUCUUGCAAUCCGCUGAGCUGUACGACUCCUCGACGGGCAAAUGGGAGAUGCUCCCCAACAUGCACUCGCCACGUAGGCUCUGCUCAGGUUUUUUUAUGGACGGCAAGUUCUAUGUGAUCGGAGGGAUGUCUGCCCCCACCGUGUCACUGACCUGUGGGGAGGAGUAUGACCUGGAGACCAGAAAAUGGAGGAAGAUCGAAGGGAUGUAUCCUAAUGUCAAUAAGGCAGCUCAGGCACCUCCCUUAGUUGCGGUCGUGAAUAACCAGCUGUACGCAGUUGAGUAUCUAACUAACAUGGUGAAGAGAUACGAUAAGGAGAAGAACGCUUGGCACGUCCUGGGGAGGCUUCCGGUGAGAGCAGAUUCGUCCAACGGCUGGGGUCUGGCUUUCAAGGCUUGUGGCGAGCAGCUGCUGGUUGUGGGCGGGCAGAGGGGACCCGAAGGCGAAGGUAUUGUUCUCAACUCGUGGCAUCCCGAGUCUGGGGUGACCAAUGCUCAAGGACACACGUUCUCAUCAUCUUCUUGUGUCUUUCUGUUGGCCACCACUUUCCCAUCUCGUAUUGGAAUGAGAUUGGCUGUCCUGUACUAUGCUUACUGUAUUCUCUACAGUUCUGGUGCUGAUGCUGUUUGGAUUCCAAUCAGGCUACAUGUGUAUCAGCGCGUGCUGCUGCCGUUGGAUCAUAUGUACCACGCAAUCUCAAAUCAUCGGGUGUACGCGUGCAUGUUUAACUCGUACAUCCUACGAGACCGAGACUGCGCGACCCACAUAUGA